AUGGCCGACAACGCCGAGGAUACGGGACAGCUGUCACCAAGCCAGCAAGAUGCCUUGCAGCAGUAUAUGCAGUUGACAAACCAAGAGGCAAAAGAUGCCAUCCCGCUACUGACAAGAUCGCAAUGGAAUGUGCAGAUCGCCAUUUCUAAAUUCUUCGACGGCGAGACCGCCGACCCAGUUGCCGAAGCAAUGGCAGCUCAGGAAGCUCCGCGCUCGACCGCACGCCACGAGAAUCUUCAGGAGAGCUUCUUGGUGGCACCGGACCGAUCAUCUGCGGCGAGCCGGCGAAACCGAACCGACGCCGCUCCCCGGGUUGUGCCCUCGCCGCCCGUGAUCCAUCGGACACCGUGGUUUCUGGGCCUCCUGCUCACGCCGUUCAGUUGGGGCUGGCGGGUUGCGUCGACCCUCCUCCGCACGAUUGGAUACAUCCUAGCGUUCUUACCUGCUUCCAUACGGCCGCGAACUGUUACAGCUGGAAUUGCCACGGGCUUCCGAAGCCCAAGCGGUCGACGGAUGCUGAUGCCCCGGGAUGCGGCAGCUAGAUUCAGACGAGAGUUUGACGAAGAAUACGGAUCGAAUAGCCUCUCAUUCUUUGAGGGCGGCAUAGCCCAGGCACACGACCUGGCCAAAAAGGACCUUAAAUUCCUCCUCGUCUUGUUCAUGUCUCCCGAGCACGACGACACCGAAUCAUUCAUCAAGAACACACUGCUGGCCCCGGAGGUUGUUGAAUUCCUCAAUGACCCGGCCAAUAACAUGAUACUGUGGGGAGGCAACAUUCUCGAUUCAGAGGCAUACCAGGCAGCCACUGAAUAUGCUUGCACGAAAUAUCCCUUUUCAGCCCUCGUGUGCUUGACACCAAAGGAAGGCAGCACUCGAAUGGGUAUUGUCAAAAGAUUGGUGGGCCCAAUGCCUCCUUCGACUUACUUGUCAGAACUGCAAGCCGCCAUGGAAAAAUACGGCUCCGACCUGAAUAGGGUGCGAGCUGAAAGGGCUUCACAGGAGCUGGCUCGUAGCCUGCGCGAUCAACAAGAUUCGGCUUACGAACGAUCACUGGCCAUUGAUAGAGAGCGCGCGCGAGAGAAGAAAGAGGCUGCCGCUGCCGCGGCGGCGGCGGAGAAGCGAGCUCUGGAAGAGGCCGAGGCUGCUGCUGUCCUGGCUGAGAAACGACGACAGUGGAAAUCAUGGAGAGCCCCGAGGAUCCUACCCGAGCCUCCCGCGACCGACAGAAAGGCUGUUCGGGUGGCACUCAAGAUGCCUGAAGAUUUGGGAGGAGAAAGAAUCGUUCGGCGGUUCCCCCACGACGCCGCUGUCGAAGAGCUAUACGCAUUUGUUGACUGCCAGGACAUUCUGCGCGGCGAAACUCUGGAGGAGGACGAGGUAGACGAGCCCGAAGGCUACGAGCACAAGUACGAGUUCCGGAUAGCUUCGACCAUUCCGCGUGUGGUGUACGAGCCAAGCAAAACUGCGACGAUGCUGGAGACGAUUGGCAAGUCUGGCAAUCUCAUUGUGGAAGACCUAUCUGAUGACGAUGACGAGGAUGACGAAUGA